AUGGCUUUGGAGGGCAGCAGCUCCAUGAAGGCUGCUACAGUAUACGCAAGCGACUUCUUCCAGACUGUCCUCGGGCAAUCACCAGCCGCCGACAGAAACACGCGUGUUAACGCUACAUUAUUGUCACUGAAGCAAAUGAUCGAGAUUAAUAGCUACCGGUCUAUGGGGGAUCGAAUACCGAGUCGAAGGGAGACCCAGAAUGAUGAAACGAAACUGGUCACACUGACCAUAGUUAGUCUGUUCAUCUCCAAAGACAGACUGAUCGAUUGUUGCCGAGAGAUAUACUUCGCAGUCGAUAACCUCUCACUUCCGACCUUCUUAAUCGCAAACGCAACCUUACGUUACCUGUUCCAGGAGAAAGCUCAACAGUCGCAAGAUCCGUCGUCUCGUGAGGAGUAUUGCAAACUGUCUCAACUAUGUCGAGGCAACCUCGAGACAGCAAUGAACAAGUUCAAUGUUCUCGCGCCACCCAGCCUGGAGAACGCAGAGGCCUUCCUUCUCGGGGCCAUCUAUGCCAUCGAGGUAUCGCAACCAAUGCUUGCUUGGCAACUCGUGUCCGGCGCGGGAGGGAUAUGCCAGACGCUUGGCUGGCAUCAACUCGUUCCCAAUAGCGAUAGCACCACUGAUCGGAAAAUCUCUCUCUUCUGGCUAACUUACCUCCUUGAUAAAGGACUCUCCUUACGCCUCGGUCGACCGGCUGUUAUACACGAUGACGAGAUUACGCUACCGGAACGGCUUGACAAAGCAGAUGUACCAGGUGGCUGGAGGGACUUACUUACGCAAUGGAUCCGCCAUUCACGACUUGUUGGCAGGGCCUAUCAAGAUCUAUACAGUCCGUCGGCGCUUAGAAAAUCAGUACAAGAGCGUGGCGAGCGCGCAAGGAACUUGAUGGCAGCUCUAAAACGAAUCAUGGAUGACUCGUUGAUGCCACUUGGACAGGCACAUCUGAUGGAACGCAACACUGGGGACUUUGGAUCAGCGCCUAAUAGAAUGAUCAAGACAGUUCUGAAGGCUGAUGAGGUGUGGUACUGGACGACUCUAACAUUUAUACGAAGGGCCGUUCCUUCAACUGAAGGCGGACAUGGUGCUAGACAAAAGCUGUAUAUCUGCUAUGGUAAUGUUGCCUUACCUCCUAUCCAGAUUACACAUUGGAGAGUUCUAAUGAGUGAUUUUGUACGCAGGACAAUUAUCUACACCCCAUUCGUGCCGCUGAUUGUUGUAUUCUGCAACGUAAUCGAGACCUCCAACCCAGAAGACAUUCGCAUACUUGGGGAGUUUUGCGAAUCGUUGAAACCAUUGUGUGGUAUAUUCGAGGCUAUCCAGGAGUUACACGACCUUUGCCAAGUUCUGUACAGCCUGGCGAUCUCAUACGUCGAAGCGAAGUCACAAAGCCAAGGGGGUGUCGAUAAAAUGGUCGAAGAUGGGUUUGAUGUUCAAUCGAAGAGCACACAUGGGGCAAUGUCGUUUAGUAGUAGUUACUUCGAUAACUUUUCUAUAGGAUCGAGUAUUCUAGUGCCUCAGCCGAAUAGCCAUGUUUCGCAGGUCAGGGACUGGAUCUCGGGGAAUAUGCAUUGGAUGGAUGCUUCGCAAGAGGACUUCUCCGAGUUCUUGGCACAGUUGUCAUAG